CAAAAGCAAUGGAUGUCGAGCGGGUCUAACAUGAUACUGUGAAAGUUCAAUCCAUAGUGGCUCCAACACAGCCGCGAGAGUUCAGUUCAAGCGGAUCCAAGACAGCAGCGAGAGUCCCGUCCACAGGAGACCAUCUCAAGCGGAGGCGGGUCAGCAGCGUAGAGAUGUCCCCAACCGAUACAGGCGAACGGUCCAUCCUGGGUCCCGACGAGCGGUCCAUCCUGGGUCUCGACUCUGGACAGCCAGUACUUCAUCCAUGGUCAUCGGACCGGACCCCCUCCACAAUUAAGUUUGUUUUAUUCUCUACAAAAAACCUUCCGAAAAAGGAAACAAAAUGUACGACGGAAUGACAGACAGAAAUACACAUUUUUUUUAUAUAUAUAGAUUUAUUUAUUAAAGGUAAAUUGAGCAAAUUGGCUAUUUCUGGCAAUUUAUGUAAGUGUGUAUCAAACUGGUAGCCCUUCGCAAUAAUCAGUACCCAAGAAGUAGCUCUUGGUUUCAAAAAUGUUGCUGACCCCUGAUUUAGACUUUCUCCAAGUGCCAUCUUGUGGUAUAGCCCGAAACUACACUACUCAACUCAAAUCAAAACUUUUAAAUUUUAAAUGAAAAUACAGGUUUAUAUAAAAAAAAUGGCCCAAUUAGUCGGCGGACUUAAAAAAAAAAUAUAUAUAUAUCCAUUAAAGUACACAUCCAGCCUAUUGGAGGGAAUGUGUGAAGGAAUGUGUUGAUGUGUAACCAUGGUUACCUGGGCAUCCUCACCAUUUGUAAGUGCGUAGAUUGGAGAUCGACCUGUUGGUUUCGUCUAAAUCCCACUCCGCUUCUUCACAAGGGCAUCCGCUAUGGAAGACAACUUAAACGGGAAUCGACACUCGCUGACGCCGUGGAAGCCUGGCGUGACUGUGACCGACCAUGACGCGCGCCGCCGGCCCUCGGACGCGCGCUUCAGCUGCUGGACUCCACUGAACAACCAAACCAGCAACAUGCAGUUAUUUGAGGAGAGGAUCAACCUGAUACUCCACUGGUUUGAUCUGUGGACAGACCGACAACGGAAACACAUGCUGCAUUCCGUGCUCGCACGCUGCACCAAGCCCCAGCUCAGGUCCUGUAGAGAUCUGCUGGUCAAAACUCUUCCGGUGACUCGAGUGGAUAUGGCGGCGGUUUUGCCUCGCUUCCUGUCACUUUACAUCAUGUCAUUCCUGUCCCCUCUGGACCUCUGCUACGCUGCCCAGGUCAGCUGGCACUGGAGAUUAUUGUCUGAACAGGACUGUCUGUGGGCGGGACGCUGCAUCCGACAGGGCUGGUUUCUUCCCUACACACCUGGAGAAAAGGAGUUUGGUGUCUGGAAGAACUACUACGUCUACUGCGUCAACACACUGGACCGGCUGACCCCCCGUGAGGCAGCACAGCAGUACGGAACCCUCAACCAACCCAGCGACGAGCCAGCGGAGGAAUUAGAGGAGAGGCUGCAAAAGAGGAUGGUCCGGCAGAGUAUCAGAGCGAAGAUUGAAGAGGAGAAGAGGAUGUCACUGACUUUCAGGAAAGCCUGGAGCAGCAGCACAAAAUUGGGGGAAUCUGGAGGUGGUAGCAUCCAAACCAGAAUUUCCUGGUCUCCAAGGACCUGCGAACGUCCGGGCGUCAGACUGAGCACAAGCAGAGCACUGAGUUUAGAGCGAGCCAUGUCAUUCAGCAGAGCCAGUGACCCACACUCCACCUUAACCUCCAAACCUGCAUCGCUUCAACCUCAUCGACCACAUUCUGCAACUCGCAUGCUGCUGGUCUCCAAUAGAAUCCCUGCCUAUGAGCUGGUGCUGAGUGGUGCCAAAGCUGAAGUGGAUGUGGUUCUCUAUGACCACAUGGGGACCUUUUCUGCGCUGUUGUCCCAGGUGGAGAGGGCUUUUUCUGGGCGCACGGUUCAAAGGAUUGGCCUGUUAGCUCCAGGAGGAACAGAGGAAAUCCACUUGUUUAACCGCAGCUGCCUAUCAGACAGAACCCUGCUCACUCCCGCGCACCAAGAAUUCUGGCAAAAACUGUGCGUCUUUGUUGCCUCUGCAGACCAAGGCGGUGGGAUUGACAUCUUCUCGCCACUUGCAGCAUCAAUCUCAGGAGUGGCGCUCAUGCAGACUCUGUCCACUCUGACGGGUCUGAAGGUUUGGGCGCCGAUGGGUCUCGCCACUGGAAGUUUUCAGAAUAUCUUGAGUGAGUGGUCUGACGGUAGCGUUGCUGCUGGCGGGAUCUCCAACCAACGACUAGGAGGUCCAGCGCUCCAUUAUGUCAGUGCACAAGUCUUACAGAGCUGGUGUAGACAAACUCAGUGGCUGGAGGCGGCAUUGGGCGAGCUGAGAAUGUCUUUGGAGCCUUGUCUGCAACAGGCCAGCCUUCAAGCACGGGGUCGAGCUCUAGGUCAUUCCCUGUGGGAGAGAGUUUGUCUUGAGGAUCUGUGUUUGUCUGAAGACCUUAGCCAGGCGCUCACUGAGGGACUCACUGCUCUCAGCAAACAGAAAGAUACGAAACCUUUGGAGUUUCUCGGCACUUUUUUGACAAGGUGGAAGGGUGCGAGCGGGGCCACGGAGGCAAACCGAACAGAUGAUGUCUCUCUGAAUUUGGGACCUCCCAAGGUGCAAAUGGACUGGAGAGGUGUUAUCGCUCGAGAGUUACAUCACAGCGAGCUUCUGUAUAUCAGCAGACUGGAAGCUCUAGUAAAGGCAUACCAGGAGCCUCUCACAGCAGCCCUCAACUCCAACAGAGCCAUCCUCAGUUCCGCUGAUGUGCACGUUGUCCUGAGCCCCGUCGCACACAUUCUGGACGUCAACAGGGGGUUCCAGGUAGCUUUAAAAAACAGGCUGCAAAAGUGGGGUGCAGAGCAGUGUGUUGGUGAUGUGUGUCUGGAACUCUGCACACAACUCAGAGUGUACACAAACUACUUCAACAACUACACUACUGCCCUCAGCACCAUCGACAAGCGUAGGGAAACAAAACCGGCGUUUCGAGCUUUCUUGAAGAGAACUGACAGGACUCUGACAACACACAUGUUGAGUGUGCAGGAGCUGCUGCUGUGUCCGAUGUGGAGGAUCCAGGAGUACACAACUCUCUUACAAGCGCUCACCGUGCACACACACAGCGGUCACCCUGACCACACACACCUCUCGUCCGCCCUCAACACGUUGCAGCGAUGCACACAGUUCAUCCAAGAGCUAAAGCGCAACCGUGAAAAAGAUUGCCUUUUGGAGGAAACCCAACAAAUGAUACAAGGCUGUCCGAGUCUCAGAGAGGGGAAUCGACAGCUGAUAACCAGUCAGGAUGCUGCUAUGGUCCAGAGUCCCAGUGAAGACAUACCAGAGUCUCUCAGGAUCUUUGAGCAUGUGGCAGAUAUUGGCCUCUUCCUGUUCACCGAUGCAUUGGUGUUGACACGGAGGAAAACGCAACACACACCGUUCAUGGUGCACAGGAGCACACACACCUUCCUGGCAUCCGUGGAGCUCGCCAGCCUCGCCGUGAGGAAAAUCUCAAACUCACGCUACGUGAGCCACGCCUUCGUCCUGGAGGGUCCCUGUCGGUCGUGGGUGUGCACCACUCAGCACGGGGAGGAGAUGGAGCACUUCCUGUGUGUGCUGAGAAGCACCAUGCAGACAGCCCUGACGAUGUCGUGAUCGGCAGCAGGGAGAACUGUCGCGCUUCCAGACUGAAACUGACGAAGGUCGUUGACAUGGUUUUCAAUAUACAGUCGUGGUCAAAAGUUUACGUACACUUGUAAAGGACAUAAUGCCACGGCUGUGUUUGAGUUCCCAAUAAUUUCUACAAAUCUUAUUUUUUUAGUCAUAGAUGUCAUGAUCCGCCAUUCGGAUUUGUUCUGUUUUGUAUUACAUCUGUUUAGUAUUCGACUUCCUUAGUUCCUGGUGGCACUUUCCUGUUUUGUUUCCGUUGCCAUAGUUACGUAUUUGUGUCCCCUGCCGUUUGUUUUUCUCACGUACCUGCUCUGUGAUUAUCUCCUUAUUUAAGCCUGCCUUUGUUUGCCAUUCGGUCUCGGAUUCUCAUUUGCUUCCAUGCAACAGGUGACGUCGCUCUUCCCGCAUUGUGGUAAUUACUUUUGUGUACUUUGGCUUCCACGCUAUUCUGUUGUUUGUCCCUAGCUCAUGAUAGCGCUUUCUGUUGGUUUUGUUUGUAGUGCCUUCGUGCAAGUGUUUUGGUUCUUAGCUCGUUUUUAUAGUUAAAUAAAUCAUCAUUCUUACCUUCA